AUGGCCUACGAGCCUGACCCUCUACGCAUCACAACCAUGAACUGCAGGGGCCUAAAUAUCCCGGAGCGCAGAUCGCACCUUCUCCGAGAGCUUACCUCUAAGCGCAUAUCGAUUGCUUUCCUACAGGAAACACACUUUAAGGAAGGACAUGCUCCGCCGUUGAAGAGCAAACACUACCCCACUGCGGCUCUCAGCAACCACCCGACUGCACGUAAGGCAGGUGUAGCAGUUCUCCCCAUGCUCAACUACAGUUCCAGGAAGUGGAGCGACUGGUUGACCCUAACGGCAGAUACCUGUUCAUUAAGGGAGACAUACAAAACCGUAGGUACACCCUCGCGACGAUAUACGCACCAAACAACAACCAAUCACACUUCAUACGUAAAUCUCUCUCCAACCUCUCCUCAUUCACAGAGGGCACGUUAAUCGUUGGAGGAGAUCUUAAUGUUCCCCUCAUCCCUCUCAUAGAUUCAUCCACGGGACACAGUAGCAUCACCCAAGGAGCCAUCCGAAGCAUACAAAAAACGCUAAAGAACCUUAGGCUGGUGGAUUGCUGGCGAGCGAUGCACCCGGCAGACAGGGAAUACACUCACUACUCAGUGAUACAUAAGCGAUACGCAAGGAUUGACUACAUCUUCCUUCAACAGGAACAUCUUGACGCUAUCCAAACAGCAGAAAUUGGAUUAGCAAGCUGGUCGGAUCAUGGUCCUGUGACCCUGCAAAUGGACUCCCCCAGGGUACGCCCAACCGCUAGGUCAUGGCGACUCCAGGUCUCAUUACUCUUGGACCCAUCAGUGAAGGAAACGGUUUCCGAGGAACUCACCUCCUAUUUCGCACUGAAUGAGACGGAUGAUCUCCCCGCGACCACGAUAUGGGAAGCGCACAAAAGUGUGCUCAGAGGGACACUGAUGCGCCUAGCUUCUCAGAAGAAGAGAGAAUCUCGGAAACAUAUGACGGACCUACUAACGCGCAUAACUACGCUUGAAAUGCAACACAAACGUUCACACCUCGAGGGGACAUAUAAAGAACUAUUGGAAGCCCGAAGAUCUCUACAUACACACAUGACGAAACGACACUAUAGCUCCAUACAACGAUCGAAGGCCUUCUUCUACCAACACGCCAACAAAGGAGGGCGACUGCUGGCCAGAAUUCUUAGAGGCCCCCAAGGCAUGACCCAGGUACAUAAACUACGGACAUCAGACGGCACGAUCACACAAUUCCCGGAUAAAAUAGCAUCCGAGUUUCGCACAUUUUACGCCUCGUUAUACAACAUCCCGGGACCCACACUACCGGAGGAGGUAACACUCAGACGGGAUAGAAUAAUGAGUUAUAUCGAAUCACACGUGAAGACGAGGUUGCAGCAAGGGGAACCGGAGUCACUGGAUAUACCGAUUACGGAGGCAGAAGUUGCAGGGGCACUCAAGACCGCCAAAACGGGACGGGCCCCAGGCCCUGAUGGCUUUACCUUGGACUACUAUAAAAAGUUCCGAACCCUACUGCUCCCGAGACUCACCAACGCAUUUAACGCUUUGAUAGACGGCGCCCGACUCGGACCCGAAUCAUUAGCGGCAACUAUAACGGUUCUCCCGAAACCUGGGAAGGAUCCCGAACUCUGCAGCAGCUAUAGACCGAUAUCACUGCUAAAUGUGGACGUGAAGCUCCUCACUAAAAUACUAUCCACCAGAAUAGGGAAAAUGCUUCCGAGAUUGGUCCAUCCAGACCAGACGGGGUUCAUCCCAGGGAGAGAAGCUAGAGACAGCACUCUUAGAGUGCAAGCCAUCCAUCACCUGGCAAAGAAAUCAACAGAUAAGCUCCUUUUAUUGUCAACGGAUGCGGAAAAAGCACAUCUCCUGGUUAUGCCGGAUCUCAAUACUUAAGAUGAAUAUUCUACCACGGCUGUUAUAUUUAUACCAGACGAUUCCGCAAGCUCUACCGACGGCAUAUUUCGCAUCGCUACGUUCCGCGAUGGUGAAGUUCGUCUGGCAUGGGAAACAGGCAAGACUACGACAGGAAGUCCUCUGCCUACCUCGAGCAUGGGGGGGAUUGGCACUCCCUGACCUCCGCAAAUACCACCACGCGACAGUACUACAACGCGUCCUGGAAUGGCAUACUCAACCGGAACAUAAACAAUGGAUCGAAUUGGACAAACAACAUAUAGGCCCCUCCUUUCUGGCAUCAGUGUGGAAUACGAAGAAGAUGCCGCAGACGAAUUUGGAACCAUCCUCUACCGUGGCGCAGACACUGAAAACGUGGGACUAUAUCAGAAAGGCUACUCACGUCUCUCCAGCACCGAGCCCGAUGAUCCAGAUACAAUACAACCCCCAGAUAGGGGGAGGGCUACCACGGACAGCAUGGUCCUUCCUGGGAGAGGGGGAAUCACACCCCAUACAUAAGGUGUUAACUAACGCAGAUAUGAUCCCCCUGAGGGACCUAAUAGAAGGCGACCAACCCACUAGCCUACAGACCUUCCGUUAUAUACAACUCAGAACAUAUUACCGGACACUUCCAGACAAGGAAAAGUUACACAGGGACUUGACAUGGUUCGAAACGCUCUGCGAUCACAAGACUACUCUAGGUAAAGCGAUAUCCCUGCUAUACCAACACGUACUCGUGGGGCACCUCACUAACAACGACCAAUUCCGCAGACGCUGGGAACGCAUGCUAAAUACAUCUUUCACCACAUCCCAAUGGGAAAAGAUCCUCAUAUUACACCAUAAAUGCUCAUCGAGCUCCCAAUAUCAAGAAACCAACUAUAAACUUCUCUCAUUCUGGUACAGAACGCCCGACAGUCUACACAGGAUCUUCCCGAAUGUACCUGACAUAUGCUGGAGAUGCGGAGAUGGACGUGGUUCGCCACUGCACAUAUGGUGGGAAUGCUCACUCAUUAAGCCAUUCUGGGUCGAAGUCCUACAGAAAAUAAGGGAUAUCACAGGGACAGAAGGAAACCUCAACGCAGAGACAGUCCUCCUACACUCAACACCGGAUCCCAUAGGCACAUACAGGAAAAACAUUCGUAGACACCUAAUCAACGCAGCCAAGGCACUAAUUCCAUUAUACUGGAAACAAACGAAUACCCCGACGAUAAGACAAUGGUUGGAACGGGUGGAAGAAAUAUAUAGAGCGGAAUUAAUACAGGCUACACUACGAGGACUAGAAGACAAGCAUGUGGAGAGGUGGCGCCCGUGGCUAUUCUACAUAGCGGACCGAAACACAGAUAGGAACGGCCAUUUGCAACCCCAAGGAGCCCCAGGACCCCCCACAGACGGGGACUGAUGCCUGGUCCGAUACAUACUACGCCGUGGUCACGGAUGACAGGACCACCUUUCCCUUCAUACUCCCCUAUCCCCCCUCCCACACCCCCCGCCCAACCACCCCCCACCCAGCUCUCCCCUCCUCUUCCCCCUCUCCUUUUCUCUUACUUCUUACUCAAUUAACACUCAUCUUCUCUUUAAAACUCCCCAACAAUGGCUUCAUUAUAAAUUACAUGAUAAACGUAGCCCGCCUUAAUCCGAGAUUGCCCACAAUUGUGUCACUCACUCACACUUGCACGUCAAAAUGGACGCAAACACCUUCAUCACGCAACUACACAACACGAAUAAGACACGUCCCUGAACGACAUCUGACCUAUGACGACGGACCAAUAGACCUUACUACCCCAAAGAGAAUGAGGCUCAAGGGUGAUAAGGAAAUACUAGAGGAUCACAUAAAACAGACGCAAGGCACAAACUUAUGA